AUGAAGUCCUUCAUCGCACCCAUGUCUCUCAUCUCCCUGGCUUUGUCCGCCAUGGGUGACGCCGCUACCGUCCCGGUCAACGACAUCGCCCGUCGCGGCACAGAAUUCUGCGACCAGUGGGGCACAACCACCACGGACAAGUUCACCCUCUACAACAACCUCUGGAACCAAGCCAAAGACACCAACGGCAAGCAGUGCACCACUCUGGACUGGAGCAACGGCAACACCAUCGCAUGGCACACCUCGUACUCGUGGGCCGGUAACGCACCCAACGAGGUCAAGAGCUACGCCAGUGCCGCGCUCAAGUUCACUCCUCAGAUCCUGAGCACUGUUAAGAGCCUCAAGUCCGCCUGGACCUGGAGCUACUCCAACACCAACAUCGUCGCCGAUGUCGCGUACGACCUGUUCCUCAGUUCUACUCCUACCGGCAGCGAGGAGUACGAGAUCAUGGUGUGGCUUGCUGCCCUCGGUGGUGCCGGCCCCAUCUCGUCCACUGGCAAGGCCAUCGCCACUGUCAAACUCAAUGGUGUCGAGUGGGAUGUCUGGGUCGGUCCUAAUGGUCAGAUGACUGUCUACAGCUUCGUCGCUAAGUCUACCGUUACUGACUUCGGUGGCGAUCUGUUGGACUUCUUUGAUUACCUUGUCAAGAACCAGGGUCUGCCCAACGGCAAGUACUUGAAGACUGUGCAGGCUGGCACUGAGCCUUUCACCGGUACUUCUGAGUUGACUGUUUCCAACUACUGGGUUGAGCUUCUGUAA